UGCGCGAUGUGUUACUCACUGUGCGGCGGGGACCGCGACGAGCCCGGGUCGCCGUUGGCAGCAGCAGCAGCAGCCCCGGCGGCGGCGCGGACCCCGAGUGCCCGGGCGCACCCCGGCUUCCCGAAGCGCGUCUCGGCAGCAGCACCCGUGUGGCCGCGCGCGCCUUAGGCUCGGCCCCGCGGCUCCGAGACCCCGACUCUCGGCCCAGCCAGCGAGUCCCCAGGCGCCGCCCGAGAACCCCGGGAGGCAGCGGCCGCGGGCAGCCGGGCCCGGGGGCGGCCACCGCCCGCGCCGGGCAUCCUCGGGAGCCCCGGAGCGCGGAGGGCGCUGCGCCACCGAGCGGUGCUGGCCCCCGCGGGCCUCUCUGGACCUUCCCCACCUCCUGGGCCCGAGGGACGCGUGCUCAGGCGGGCGGCCGGGCGAAAGGGUGGGAGGGAGCCGCCCCCGCCCGCGCCCCCUCGGCACCUCACCCCAGCACCUCCACGCCGGGCCGGGCGGCGCGGCCCGAAGCGCUGGUGAUGGCCAGCCCGCCGCUGCACGGGCCCCCGGGGCCGGCGAGCGGAGACGGCCCCAACCUCAACAACAACAACAACAACAACCACGGCGUGCGCAAGUGCGGCUACCUGCGCAAGCAGAAGCACGGCCACAAGCGCUUCUUCGUGCUGCGCGGGCCUGGCGCGGGCAGCGACGAAGCGACAGCGACAGCGGGCGGGGGGUCGGCGCCGCAGCCGCCGCGGCUCGAGUACUAUGAGAGCGAGAAGAAGUGGCGGAGCAAGGCGGGCGCCCCGAAGCGGGUGAUCGCGCUCGACUGCUGCCUGAACAUCAACAAGCGCGCCGACGCCAAGCACAAGUACCUGAUCGCCCUCUACACCAAGGACGAGUACUUCGCGGUGGCAGCAGAGAACGAGCAGGAGCAGGAGGGCUGGUAUCGCGCGCUCACCGACUUGGUCAGCGAGGGCCGCGCGGGCGCCGGCGACGCGCCCUCCAACGCCGCGGCCACCUCCGGGUCCUGCAGCGCCUCCUUGCCGGGCGCCCUGGGCGGCUCGGCCGGCGCCGCCGGGGCGGAUGACAGCUACGGGCUGGUGUCUCCCGCCACGGCCGCCUACCGCGAGGUGUGGCAGGUGAACCUGAAGCCCAAGGGUCUGGGCCAGAGCAAGAACCUGACGGGCGUGUACCGCCUGUGCCUGUCGGCGCGCACCAUAGGCUUCGUGAAGCUCAACUGCGAGCAGCCGUCGGUGACGCUGCAGCUCAUGAACAUCCGCCGCUGCGGCCACUCGGACAGCUUCUUCUUUAUUGAGGUGGGCCGCUCGGCGGUCACCGGCCCCGGUGAGCUGUGGAUGCAGGCCGACGACUCGGUGGUGGCGCAGAACAUCCACGAGACCAUCCUGGAGGCCAUGAAGGCGCUCAAGGAGCUCUUCGAGUUCCGGCCGCGCAGCAAGAGCCAGUCGUCAGGGUCGUCAGCCACGCACCCCAUCAGUGUCCCCGGCGCGCGGCGCCAUCACCACCUGGUCAACCUGCCCCCGAGUCAGACUGGCCUGGUGCGCCGCUCCCGCACCGACAGCCUGGCCGCCACCCCGCCGGCCGCCAAGUGCAACUCCUGUCGAGUGCGCACCGCCAGCGAGGGCGACGGUGGCGCGGCAGCGGGGACCGGGGCUGCGGGCGGCAGGCCGGUGUCGGUGGCGGGGAGCCCCCUGAGCCCCGGGCCGGUGCGCGCGCCCCUGAGCCGCUCGCACACCCUGAGCGGCGGCUGCGGUGGCCGCGGGAGCAAAGUGACGCUGGCGCCGGCAGGGGGCGCCCUGCAACACAGCCGCUCCAUGUCCAUGCCGGUGGCGCACUCGCCCCCGACUGCCACCAGCCCCGGCAGCCUGUCGUCCAGCAGCGGGCACGGCUCAGGCUCCUACCCGCCGCCUCCGGGACCCCACCCGCACCUGCCACACCCCCUGCACCACCCCCCAGGCCAGCGGCCCUCCAGCGGGAGCGCCUCAGCCUCCGGCUCCCCCAGCGACCCCGGCUUCAUGUCCCUGGACGAGUACGGCUCCAGCCCUGGCGACCUGAGAGCCUUCUGCAGCCACAGGAGCAACACGCCCGAGUCCAUCGCGGAGACACCCCCGACCAGGGACGGCGGCGGGGGCGAGCUGUAUGGGUACAUGACCAUGGACAGGCCCCUGAGCCACUGCGGCCGCCCCUACCGCAGGGUCUCAGGGGACGGCGUGCAGGACUUGGACAGAGGACUGAGGAAGAGGACUUACUCGCUGACCACACCUGCCCGGCAGCGGCCCGUGCCGCAGCCCUCCUCAGCCUCCUUGGAUGAAUACACCCUGAUGCGGGCCACCUUCUCCGGCAGCUCAGGCCGCCUGUGCCCGUCGUGCCCUGCGUCUUCUCCCAAAGUGACCUACCACCCCUACCCGGAGGACUACGGGGACAUCGAGAUUGGAUCCCACAGGAGCUCCAGCAGCAACCUGGGCGCUGACGACGGCUACAUGCCCAUGACCCCUGGCGUGGCCCUCAUGGGCAGUGGCGGGGGCAGCUGCAAGAGCGACGAUUACAUGCCCAUGAGCCCCACCAGUGUGUCUGCCCCAAAGCAGAUCCUGCAGCCCAGGGCGGCCACUGCAGCCUUGCCUCCCGCGGGAGCCGCCGCGCCAGCGCCCGCCGCUGCAGCCAGCAGGACCUUUGCGGGGACCGGGGGCGGCUACAAGACCAGCUCCCCCGCGGAGAGCUCCCCCGAGGACAGUGGGUACAUGCGGAUGUGGUGUGGUUCCAAGCUGUCCAUGGAGAAUGCCGACAGCAAGCUGCUUCCCAACGGGGACUACCUCAACAUGUCCCCCAGCGACGUGGGCACCUCCGGUACUCCACCCGACUUCUUCUCUGCAGCUUUGCACGCCGGGGGCGAGAUGCUCAAAGGCGUCCCAGGCUACUGUUACAGCUCUCUGCCCCGCUCCUACAAGGCGCCAUACACCUGCGGCGGGGGCAACGACCAGUAUGUGCUCAUGAGCGCCCCCGUGGGGCGGAUCCUGGAAGAGGAGAGGCUGGAGCCACAGGCCACCCUGGGGACCACUCCAUCGGCCAGCGCCUUUGGGGUCGGUGGGGGUGGCCACACCCAGCCUCAUCACCCAGUGCCUUCACCCGUGAGGCCGAGUGGCAGUGGCCGUCCAGAGGGCUUCCUGAGCCAGCGCUGUCGAGCCGUGAGGCCCACGCGGCUGUCCUUGGAGGGGCUGCAGACCCUGCCCAGCAUGCACGAGUACCCUUUGCCGCCAGAGCCCAAGAGCCCCGGCGAGUACAUCAACAUUGACUUUGGCGAGGCGGGAGCCCGCCUGUCGCCGCCUGCCCCUCCGCUGCUGGCCUCGGCGGCCUCAUCCUGCUCGCUGCUGUCCGCUGGCAGCCCAGCCUCGUCCCUGGGCUCGGGCACGCCGGGCACCAGCAGUGACAGCCGGCAGCGCUCCCCGCUCUCCGACUACAUGAACCUUGAUUUCAGCUCGCCCAAGUCACCCAAGCCUGGCACCCAGAGCGGGGACCCCGUGGGCUCCUUGGACGCCCUCCUCUCCCCUGAGGCCUCCUCUCCAUACCCACCGCUGCCCCCGCGCCCUCCGGUCUCUCCAGCGUCCCUGCAGCAGCCGGCCCCCCCGCCACCCCCAGGGGAGCUGUACCGCCUGCCUCCAGCUUCGGCUGUGGCCACCACCCAGGGCCCUGGCGCUGCCUCGUCAUUGUCCUCCGAGAAUGGGGACAAUGGUGACUACACCGAGAUGGCCUUUGGCGUGGCUGCCACCCCGCCACAACCUAUCGCGGCUCCCCCAAAGCCCGAGGGUGCCCGCGUGACCAGCCCUACGUCCGGCGUGAAGAGGCUGAGUCUUAUGGAUCAGGUGUCGGGGGUCGAGGCCUUCCUGCAGGCCAGCCAGCCCCCAGACCCACACCGGGGCGCCAAGGUCAUCCGCGCAGACCCACAGGGGGGGCGCCGCCGCCACAGCUCGGAAACUUUCUCCUCCACUACAACCGUCACCCCCGUGUCCCCAUCCUUCGCCCACAACCCCAAGCGCCACAACUCGGCCUCAGUGGAAAACGUGUCUCUCAGGAAAAGCAGCGAGGGCAGUGGCAGCGUCCUCAGUGGGGGCCCAGGAGGCGGUGAAGAGGCACCCACGUCCCCCAGACAGCUACAGCCGUCACUCCCGGUGCCCGCUCUCCCGCCGCAGGCCCGCCCUCGGGCCCCAGCUCAGCCAGGGGGCUUGGUCGGCUGCCCUGGGGGCAGUGGUUCUCCAAUGCGCAGAGAGACCUCUGCCGGCUUCCAGAAUGGCCUCAACUACAUCGCCAUCGACGUGAGGGACGAGCCGGGCCUGACCCAGCCGCAGCCGCAGCCCGGAGACAAGAGCUCCUGGGGGCGGACCCGUAGUCUUGGAGGCCUCAUCAGCACUGUGGGCGGUGGCGGCAGCGGGGGCUGCGGGGGGCCGGGCCCUGGCGCCCUGCCCUCUGCCAGCACCUACGCCAGCAUUGACUUCUUGUCCCAUCAUUUGAAGGAGGCCACGAUUGUGAAAGACAUCCAUGACCUAUCCAGGAAAGCCCCCUUCACUUCCUGUGCAAGGGAGGCUUCCCUGCCACCGGCACCCCCCAGCGCUCAGAGUGCUGCCUGCUGCUCUGAAAACGCUCUGCUCUCGGCCCCCCUGCCAUCUGCCUCGGUGGCCGGGGUGGGUGGAGGAGAGAGACCCCACCUGGCCGGGCAGCUCUGUGUCACCAGCCCGUCAGGCUGAGGUGGGAGUCUGUAGCAGAGUGAAGAUAUGUCUGGCUUUCUCACCAUGAGGCCACACAUCAGAGAACAUCGUUAAAAGAAGAUGCUCAGCAUUUUUUCAAUCUGAAGCUGCUUACAGUUUUUCUUUUGGCUCCGAGCAGUUCCUGCAUUUGGAAACCUCUGCGGGCCAUGCUAGACAAGGAACCAACCAGGCAAGGUCACCUGCCUGUCUCCCUUGUUCCCAUAUGGGGCAUUCAUCAUUGUGCUGUUUGUGUUUUGUUUCGUUUUUUUAACAAAAUUAGCUGAAGAAGUCAUUCUCAAGAAAAUUGGAUGUUUUCAUUGGCCUCCUUAAAUUGUGGGCAGUGUCUUAAUUUCUUCUUACUUUCGCUUUGGCAAAGCAAAUGUAUCCCUCAGCAUGCUAGGAGAUUCUACCAAUACCCAGUCAAGUGGUAAAAUCUGGUAUGUACUGGCUUACCCUCAAGACUACCACAGUCCUACCUCAGUUCAAGGUAAAGCCGGAUUUGCGUGGCUGGGGCCCGCGGGACCCCCGUGCACCUCUGCCCCCGGUCUGAAGUGUGGCCGUCGGCCUCGUCGAACUGGUCCAAGCAGGCGCUGAUGUCGGGCUGCAGUGCAGGCACCUGCGAUGUUUACUUACACACAGAGCCCAGUGUGGGGCUGGCGUUUCUCAACAGGAGUGAAAUUUGGGAUUGGACUUCGAAGACAGAUUGAUUAAUAAUAAUUACGAUAUGUAACUGAAGAAACCUACUUUUGAAAAUCAUCAACUGUAUUGGGUAGUGGGGGUGGGUGGGAGGGAAGGGAUUUGGGAAGGAGGGUGAAUAUCUCUUUUUACCUUGAACAGACUUGUUUAAUCUUCUCUAUGUAGAUGUUUAUGUAGGUACUUCACAUUGCAAAAGCCUUUUAUCCUAUUUACAAGCUCAAAUGUCUCUGCUAUCCUUAAUCUUGGGCUUGCAUUUCUUUAACCAAAAAUUCUUGUAGGCAUGCUAGCAAUUCCAGGGUGGUCCAGGUUUGGCAGAUUUAAUUUUUAAAAAUGUAUUAUCUUUAAUAUAAUGCUAUUACGUUGGCCAACAAGUCUGCCCUGAACAAAAAAAAAAAAAUAAUAAAAAGAAAAAAACAAAAAAAAACAAGAAAAAAAAAGAAAGAAAGGAAAAUAAAUGAAGUGAUACAAAGAGGCAUUUAUGCCCCUGUGAUAUUAAUGGAAAAAGAAAAAGAAGAAAAACAAUCUCGCAGUACAUGUUACUUGUCAAAAACAAUCCUGACAAGACUACCCUUGUUUUAUGUUUUCAGUGUUCUGAAAAUAUCAGUGUUGUGGCAGUUAAUUGCAGAUGUCACCUAAAACUGCUGAACUUGGCGGGCAGAGUGCUCUGCCAUCUCGCUGCUCCCUGGACACGUGGCCGGAGAGCCGUGGCCUCUCCCCCGUGGGGCACCCCAGUGCCUGUCUCCUCUGAUAGUCAGUGGAGAGGUUAACUAAUCCAUUGGAGAUGUGAGUUGUUGGGUUUUUUUUUCUUUUGAGAAAAAUAUAUAUAAAUAUAUAGAUAUAUAUCACUAUAGAAUAAUGCAUUAAUGAGGCUUUUUUAGAGGAAGACCAAAAAUUCAAUGUCUUAAAAGUAUAUUUAAUGGCAAUGCAAAAGUCUUCCUGCUUCCAUGCUGAACUUUAGAACAGAGGAUUGUAUUGCAAGACAAAGUUGAAUGUAAAGCGAUCCCCUGAACAUUUUUAAGGUUUUACUUUUCUGAAAUCACACAUCACAGCAGUGCAUAGGCCAUACGAUAUUAGUUUGAAGGUCAGUUCAGUUUCAGUGUAUGAUAUAGUUUAUUAAGAUGUAUAAAAUGUCCUAAAGUUUUUAUCUAGUUUUGGGAAUAGGAAUCGAUGGGUGGUAUUUGCUUUGUAACUCCUCCUCCCCCCGCCCCCCCCCAGGUACAAUAGGACUGAAUAUGGACCCUGCUGAAUACAGUGAAUUGACAUGUAUUUAACUAGCCCUCUGAACUUAGGGUAGUCAUGACACUAUACCAAUGGUUCAUGUUCACACUGCAAUUUAAAACAAGCAAAAUAAAAAGUGGGUAAUACACAAAAUUUUCUUCUAUCCUGUACAUUUCAAAAAAAAGGCAUAUGCAAUAUUUACAUUUUUAAUUUAGUUUACAGAAUGGAACCAAAAUGUAUAAAUGUUAUGUUUGCUAAAACUUCACGAUGUAUAUUGGGUCUUUGUACAUUUUGCCUGACUUAACCUUAAAUUUAAAAUAUUUUUUGCUAUAUAAACUUUAACAGUUAUUAAACAGUGUUUUCUUUUUGGGUACGUAUUGUUUCUGGAUAUCGAGAUGUUAAAUAUAUUUCUUGCUAUUGUGAUAUGACAAGAGACUUAACUUAUCUUGCUCUGUCUUCCACUGUACACGCUGUAUAUAGGGGUCGAUGUGAUGCUGCUGGGGACAAGAAUAAACUGGACUAGAAUAGUGCAUUGUAUUUAGUCUGUAUUGAUCAUGGAUGCCCUCCUUAAUAGCCAUAUGCAAUAAAAUAAAAUACAUUAUUUAUGAAAUGAA